CGAUCUUGGUCCGGUAGCGGCGGCGGCGGCCACAAAAACCAGCUCAAUCACAAAGGUCGACUUUCACAGCCUGAUUGCGGAAUUGCCUUCGUUUUAGGAGAGCAGAACUUCGACACGAUCCGGUUCGCCACUUACCGUACGGCCUGUAAGCUCAGGUUCAUGCAGAAAAUACACCUAGUCGAUAUAUGGAACGUCAUCGAGUCGUUUCGCGAAAAUGGUCUCAACACCGUCGACUACAAGGCCGAGGUGAAGUUGUCGCGCAUCGAAUUGCUGCUUUCCACCGUGUACCAUAACCUGAACAAGCGGUUGCCCGUUUCGCAGCAGAUCGACUCGGACCGCACGAUCGCACUGCUCGUCAACUUCCUGUCCGCCUUGGCAGCUGGUGCGGCGUUACGGUUGCUGCCUCUGGUUCCAAGUUCAUAUCUUGACCGGCGGCCAGACGUGCCGCUGACCGAUGACCGAUUUCGCAGUUGUUAUUGUAUUCGAUUAUUUUUAGUACCUUUCCGUUAUGCCGGCCAUCUUCAUACAGCAACACUCUGCUCAUCAAAUAAAAUUAAUUAUCGCCUUCAACGACGUUUGCUGUAA